AGACCAGAGGGGGAAAGGGAGAGAGAGAGAGACAGGCUCCUUCCUCGUCCUCCUCCCUUCGCCUCCGCCCCGGCCUGGCUCUCAGGCGUUGCCGAGGCUCCUCCUGCCUUGCCGGUCGCAGCGAAGGGCGAGCGGGGCGGUUGGAGUUUCGGCGGCCGGGCAGGCAGCGCUGCGGUUCGGGGCGGGCGAAGGGAACGCGAGGGCCGAGCAGGCGGAGGCGACGCAGGUUGCUGAGCAUAGUAUUUGCUUUAAGAGGUCUCCUGUGAAAGCUUCAUGCAGUACACAGAGGCAGCACAUCCUUGGAGGAGAGUGUGCAGGGAGCAGCUUCAACUCUGUGGUUCCAGUUAUCCCAUUAUCUGUGAUUCUGAAGAACAAGUCAGAGAGAGAGGAAGAGACUAAAUGGAUCUUAAGACAGCAGUAUUCAAUGCAGCUCGGGAUGGCAAGCUGCGGCUUCUCACCAAGUUACUGGCGAAUAAAACUAAAGAAGAAGUGGCCUUGCUGGUGUCAGAAAAAACAAAUGGUGCCACGCCCCUUUUGAUGGCAGCCCGCUAUGGCCAUCUUGACAUGGUGGAACAUCUACUGGAACAGUGCAGUGCUUCUAUAGAAGUUGGUGGCUCUGUGAAUUUUGAUGGUGAGACUAUUGAAGGUGCACCACCAUUAUGGGCAGCAUCAGCAGCUGGCCAUUUGAAGGUGGUCCAGUCUUUAUUAAAUCAUGGAGCAUCUGUCAACAAUACCACUUUGACAAACUCAACACCUCUUAGAGCUGCCUGUUUUGAUGGUCAUCUAGAAAUUGUAAAGUAUCUUGUGGAACACAAAGCUGACUUGGAAGUAUCAAACCGCCACGGGCAUACAUGCCUUAUGAUAUCGUGUUAUAAAGGGCACAAAGAAAUCGCUCAGUAUUUGCUUGAAAAAGGAGCUGAUGUAAAUAGAAAAAGUGUCAAAGGAAACACAGCAUUGCAUGAUUGUGCAGAAUCUGGUAGCCUGGAAAUAAUGAAGAUGCUUCUCAAAUAUUGUGCAAAGAUGGAAAAAGAUGGUUAUGGAAUGACUCCCCUUCUGUCUGCUAGCGUUACAGGUCACACAAACAUAGUUGACUUUUUGACCCAACAUGUUGAAACUAGCAAAGUAGAACGUAUAAAUGCACUGGAACUCCUGGGAGCCACCUUUGUGGAUAAAAAGAGAGAUUUGCUCGGUGCUUUGAAAUACUGGAAAAGAGCUAUGGAUAUGAGAUACAGUGAUAGGACUAACAUACUGAGCAAACCUGUGCCUCAAACGUUAAUAAUGGCCUACGAUUAUGCCAAGGAGGUGAACAGUGCCGAAGAGCUAGAAAACCUUAUUGCAGACCCUGAUGAGAUGAGAAUGCAGGCCUUGUUAAUUAGAGAACGUAUUCUUGGCCCAUCUCACCCAGAUACGUCCUACUAUAUUCGGUACAGAGGUGCUGUCUAUGCAGACUCUGGAAACUUCAAACGAUGCAUCAAUCUGUGGAAGUACGCUUUGGACAUGCAGCAGAGCAAUUUGGACCCCCUGAGCCCUAUGACUGCGAGUAGUCUGCUUUCGUUUGCUGAACUCUUCUCCUUCAUGCUUCAAGACAGAGCAAAAGGCCUGCUGGGCACAACAGUUACAUUUGACGAUCUCAUGGGUAUACUGUGCAAAAGUGUCCUCGAAAUAGAACGUGCCAUCAAGCAAACUCAAUGUCCGCCUGACCAAAUACAGCUCAACAAAGCCCUUUCCAUCAUCUUGCAUUUAAUUUGCUUGCUGGAGAAAGUUCCUUGUAGUCCCGAGCAAGAUCAUUUCAAGAAACAAACUAUAUAUCGAUUUCUUAAACUACAUCCUAGAGGAAAGAAUAACUUCAGCCCACUCCACCUUGCUGUUGACAAGAACACCACAUGUGUGGGGCGCUACCCAGUUUGUAAAUUUCCUUCUUUGCAAGUCACUGCUAUACUAGUGGAAUGUGGCGCUGAUGUAAAUGCUAGAGACUCUGAUGACAACAGCCCUUUGCACAUAUCUGCACUGAACAACCAUCCUGACAUCAUGAAUCUUCUUAUCAAGUCAGGAUCACAUUUUGAUGCAACAAACUUGCAUAAACAAACUGCUAUUGACUUGCUGGAUGAGAAGGAAAUGGCAAAGAACUUGAUCCAGCCCAUCAACCAUACUACACUGCAGUGUCUUGCUGCCCGUGUAAUUGUGAAUUAUUGCAUAGGUUACCAAGGGCACAUCCCAGAAAAACUUGAGAACUUUGUUUUGCUCCAUAGAUGACAGUCUGACAAUAGGCCCUUGGUACUGUGGGAGCACGAGUUAGUAACAUCAAUUGUUGCUUUCUCAAGCACUGUUGUGAUAUGCCAGCGAUACACCAUCAUUCAUUCAGCUUGGUCCAUCCUGCUCAUUGGCUAAAGCAUUAUUAGAAUCAGAUCUGCAGAAUUGGUUGCCCAAUAUUUAAAACAAACAUACCAUAUAAUAUAUUUUGUGGAUUAUUUAGAAAUGUAAUGCUAUAUUCGGACUCACUAAAAUUUGUCUGCCAAAGGCUUGUCUACUCUGGUUUAGUUUGCCUGUUGGUUGUUUGGGACUGAACUGAAUAAUUUUCGUGGUGUUGUCUUAUUCUUACUGGUGUGUGGAUUUUAUAUAGUUGGGAAGUCAUCUUUUUGUUCUUGCUUGAGCAUUUCUAUUCUUUUUUCUAAUGGGUUCAUUGCUGAACUAUACAAGUUGUAUGGACUUGUUAACAUUUGCAAUUACCAUAAGUGCUUUUAACCUCUCUAUGCACUGGCUUGAACAUGACUGUUUGUGUGUUGGCAUAUUUCUAUGCAGCAGUUGGCCAUUGUCAGUUCUGACACUGUUUUCUUGCAGUUUGUUAGAGAACUCUUUGAAAAUAUACCCUUUACAGUUUGACAUUUCUUGAAGACAUCCGUCAGCUGUCUAAACUCAUGUGACUUUUUGCCCCCAGCUUUUUCUGCAGUUGCUUUCCAUUUAUUUUUCUAGAGUUGCGUGCUGAAUUUGGGAGUAAAAUGUGUUCUUGUUGGCAAUCCCACUUUUAAAUUAAGUCUGAAAGUCAUAUAAAUAUGUCUUGCUGCGAGGAGAGAAAGGAAAGGAACUGCCAUAUUCUCCUCUACACUAGUGUCUUGCUUGAGCUGAUUGUGUGACUAGGCAUAGAGAGUUUUUUUUUUCAAAUUUAACCUGAAACUUAAUCAUACAACUCAGUGAGUACUAGAUCAAACAUAGUCUGAAAUUACAACUCAAGAUUCUUAAGUACAAAAGAAACUAAAGCAUGUUGGCAUGAUGCUUGUCGGUCCAGAUCUAGCCAUCAACUAGUAUAAUUAACUAUAUGGUUGUAAUCAGUAGCCUCUGCAGGGGCUUCGGAAGUUUAGUAGUAUCCCCUUCAUUUUCAAAUAACUCUUACAGAUAAUUUGCAUGCAUUUUAUUCUCUAAUACCUUUCAGCCAUAUUUAUGGAAAACAUCAGAGGCCAUGUUGAGUACAUAGUCUCGACUGAAAGCUAUCUAUUUUUAUAAUACUUGCACAACAGCUUAGCUAUUGCAGCAGAAAGGGCUUUUUAGACUUGAUAAGGAAACCAUAAGUGAAGACUACAAAUGAGAUUAAGAUUCAGGUAAUUAAUAUAAUUCAGCACUUUAUUGUUGAUUCAUAAUGAAACUUAUUAUGGCAUAUUAGACCUGCAAAUGUCUUAAAAUAAAAUGGUUCUCAAGAAAAAAAAAAUCCCACCUCAUUUUUCUUCAAUGGAAUACAGUGUAUUUGACAUUUCCACAAUCUAACAUAGUGAGUGUUUUCCAGUACUACUAUACCUGGUGCUUUUUCAGAUCACAAAAAAACAACAACACAUAGGUUACUGUGAAUCUGUAGCAGUUGACAGUGCAGGAAAAAUCAGAACCAAAUCAAUGCAUCAAGGCUGGCAUGAAUCUGGAAUUCCUAUUUUAAUUCCAACAUUACUACCCUCAGUUGAUUGAUCACAUUUGGUUGGCACAUCCUCACAGUACAUAUUAACUAGUACUCACACUGACUUUUUAAAAUCAUCACUUUAUUGGCCUAUUCAAAAAUAAUGCUAAACCAUGGGUUAGCAUUUUGAGAACAAACUCUGUCUUUGUGCUUUCUCUUUUUCUUCUCCUUAGUGUUUGUGGGAAGAAGACUGGAAACCUCCAGUUUCAUUUGGGAAUAAAUCACAAUAUCAGGAAACUGGUUUAUUUAUUCUAACUAGUUAGUUCAAAGGAACCAGGAUUAAACAAUAGUUUAACAUUCUCAUUUGUUAAAUCAGUUAACCACUUCCCAAACAAACCAGUCAGAAUUAGCCAUUUCCCAAUUCAGGAUGCUAUGGGAAUAUGUGAUGCAUUAAAACAAGGUAGAAGCUUGCUUUCUCCUUUUUUCACAUGCAAAGGAGGAGGAGAGUGGAGAGAAAGGGAUGCAAGUCCAAAGUUCACUGUGGUUCAUUCUUGCAAUGCUAAAUCGUGUUUUAGUGUUGCUUUUGAAGUGGGCCGUUGCCUAGUCUAGAGUGUAUAUGACAAAAAUUAAUUUGUUCUAUCACACCUAGAAAAGAAUGAGAAACUUGCAUUGCUAUUUGUUUAAUUUUCAGAACGGGCAAGAAAUGCAAGUUAUUUUUUUGUUCAUGGGCACAUCUGGGUCACUAUCAAAAGCAAAUCGUAUGGGGAAAUUGGGUUCACAAGUAUAAAGGAGAACAUUUAAUUUAACUAAUUACUUUUACCCUGGUUGAAACACAUUCCUAUUUCUGGAUUCACAGCCUGAGCAGUUUGGGGGUGGGGAAGUCAGAUUUUUCAUAAUCUUCAUUGCUUGCCUGCAAAUAGACAAUACUAAUUCAUAUACUAGAAGGGCAAAACUUAACCUACUUUAGCCUAAAAAUAGGACAUGAGAUGAACAGGGAGACUGUAGAACACUGUGUCCUCAAAAAUGUUUUAUUUUCCUUUGUAACUUUACUCAGGCAAUACUAAGCGUUUGGAAAUGGGGAUAUCUCUUGACUUAUUGGCUAUACUUUGAAAAAUAUAUUCUGCUGAUAAGUUAAAGAAUUGGUAUUCUGUAAAACUUUUAAGAAACCUUAGUUAAUGGUGACUGAAGACUCCUUAUAUUUGCCUUCUUGCUGAAUAUGGCAUCUCCGUACUGAACAACCCUACUUCAUUUUUAAAAAUACAAUUUAUUUACACUCUUGCUACUUCAUUUUUAAAAACAAUACAAUUAAUUUACACCCUACACCUACAGUCCAAGACUCAUGAAGACAAAGUCUGGUUCUCUUCUUGUUUUCAUGUUAAUUUUCUAAGUCUUUAAACUACUGAAAUUAAUUUGCUAAAUGUUCAAACUAAUGCAGCUUUAGAAGCAUAGUAAAUUAGAAACUACCAGAUAGCCAUCUUUUUGUGUAUACUAAAAAGUGGCUUCCAACAGGAAUUAACCACCACUUGGAAUACUGAUGAUAGCUGUUCCUGUAGUCCUGGAAAUUAUUACUUAGUCUAAGGAUUAUAAGCCAUUCAAGAAGAUGUGUUUUAGCAUGGGUUGCAGGAAUAUCUACUUGCCAGCAUUAGGGAAAUGAAGCCCUUUAAGAUAUUCUGACCGAUCAUUUCUCUUCAACAUAGUUUCCCCUAAAAACAUCUAGUUUCUUCUUACUGAAUUGCUGUCAUGCCUUAUUUGAGAACCUCACAUAACUUUCAGAUAAACCAUUUCUUUAUUUGGAAAGAGGCAGAAAUGGGUACCAUCAGUAUGGCUCAUCCUGAUUCUUGACCAAGUUUAUCCCAUUUAUUGCUUUUAUGUAUUUCCCUUUUUAUUUAUGAAUGCUUGUAAUUUUUGGCACUAGCACAACAGUUCCUUUGUUAACAUGAGCUUGGUUGCCAGAGAGGGCUCCAAAUAGUGUCUUCUUCCAAUGUUGUACUGAGCAAUUAAGAAAGGGAAGAGCAGCCAUACCUCGUACUAGCUAAAUAUCCCACACAGUGAUAAUGUGCAUUCAGUUAGUAUUGUUUGAGGGCAGAGAACCAGGGAGUAAGACUGUUACAUUUUGGAGAUAAAGUUUUUGAAGUAGUAGCCAGAUUUUAUAUGCCAAAGCCACUGAUUGCUCUGCUCUGCUAAUCUGUAUGGAAUCUGAUGAUGAGUCAAUAUUUUGAAGAUAAUAGCAAUAAAUUUAUAUUUACAUUAAAAAAAUACUAGUUUGUAGCCCUCAGAAUUGCAGGGGGAAAAGGCGGGGGGGGGAGAUCAGUCUACUUAGAAGAAAUACAUGGAAAAUCCUUUAGUUGCUGUGGAUUUUUGGACUCCUUUGGGUACUGAUUCCUGUAUUUUGGUGGAUUUGUGGUACACAACUGAACUUAACCAUGCUAAGCUCCAAGUAGGCAAGUCUAGGCAGUCCUGAAAGAGGCUAGAGGUAUAAGCUAUUGACUUCCCUUGUAAUGACAUAAUCCUGAUUAGUUUUAGCUUAGCAAAACAAGUUUGGCUGUUGACUCUUCCUUUCUUUAUUGCCCAUUAGUGUCAACUAAAAGCUUUAAACCAUUGUUUUCCUUGAGUUUUUCAGCAGCAUAUUCUGUUUCUCCUAUGCAAUCCUGUCAUUUGAUCUGUCCCUCUUUUCUUCCUUGUAUGUUUACUGUCAUUCUCCCAGUCUCUUAUGUGGUACACCUCAGUUUUCUCAUCCUUCCUCAUGAGCCAAAAUUGAGAUGGGGCACCUGAACCCAUUAAGAAGCAGGAGAACUUUCCUGAAAAGUAUAAGAUCACUGCUUCAUAGUAUAAUGUAUUUAUUUUUUUCUUCCUUCAGUCUUGCCAAGUUGUGCCUAUGCUAAGCCUGUCAAAAAUAGAGGAACGCACCUGCUAAGAAAAUACUUUAUUAUGCCUUUUUUCCUUCUGAUUGGAUGUGACUUUAAUACAUUAAAAAAAACAACAAGAUGAAAGAUCUUGUUUCUUCAGUUCCUUAUCAGUUAAUCACUGCUAACCUUGCACAAGUCUUUCAAUGUGUUGUUGUGGUUAACAUAUCAGACUUUAAUAAGUUGAUGUAUGUAAACGAAGAGCUCAGGGCUGUGUGUAAGUGCACUGAAAUUGAAAUUUUGCACUAAGAAAAGACUGUGAAUAAAUGCAAUAAUUCUGCUUCUGCAAACAAUUUGUGAGAGACAAGAAAUAAUAUAAAUCAUUGACAUUUCUCUGAA